AUGCGGGGCGCCGCCCUCGUGUCUGGGCGAUGCUAUCCGUAUGCGCUUUUAGAUUAUGAAAAAUCUCAGGCGACUCUCGAAUGCUACUGGGGGACAACUGAAAAUCCCGUAUGGGUGUCCCAGUUUGCGAUAUGUAAAUUUGACGCUUCGAGCAUUUCUGAGUUGACAAUAUAUCUUUACAUUCGAGAUCCUAGUCACUCUUUGAAGAGUCAGGAUAUUUGUCUGGGUGUAGCACGGGUAAACCCCUUUGACACACUUGACCAGUCCGAAGCACGUUGGCUGGAACUACAAGAUGGUAGGGGGAAGCUACGCAUUAGCUUUGAAUAUACGAACCCUGGAAAUAGAGCGUUAGAAGAGAGGGAUUUCGAGCGUGGAAGACCCGUCUUCGGUGUAUGGACCUCCGGUAUUAUUAAGAAAGAUACCCAGCGGGUAUAUGCCGAAUCAAAGAUUAGAACAACCCAGUUUAAUUCUCAACCUAAAUUGGAAAGCAUUUGGGAUUACCAGGUCAGCCAUCCUUUUAUAGCGCCGCUUUCGUUUGCUUUCGAAUCAUCGGAGGGUUUAAUCCUCCUUUCCCCAUACAUUGGCGGCGGGCCCCUUUUCAGUCAACUUCAGAAGGUCAGAUGUUUCGAUGUCGAUAUAUCACGGCUCUACGCUGCCGAGAUUAUCUGUGCAUUGGAAUAUCUACACGAUACUCGUAAGGUAUUCUCCUGGUUGAAGCCUAAAAAUGUUCUUCUUGAUUUAUUGGGUCAUAUUGUUCUAUGCGGCUUCGGUCUUUUCAAUUCUGAUAUCAAGAGCGGAAACCAUGGGGCACCUGAAUAUCCAGCACCGGAAUUACUUCUUGGCCAAUCUGUAUCCAGGACAGCAGACUGGUGGACAUUAGGAGUUUUCCUCUACGAAAUAUUGACAGGGCUACCCCCAUUCUAUGACGAGGACUACAAUAAGAUACACCAAAAUAUUCUCUCUCAACGUAUCUGGUUUCCCGAGUCCUUCUCUCCUAUUUCCAAGGAUGUGAUAACCAAGCUUCUUGACCGCGACCCCGAGCAGCGUUUAGGGGCUAAUGAAGGUGCCUCAGAGGUCAAAUCUCAUCCCUUUUUUGACGGCAUGGAUUGGAAUAAACUCAUUCAACGGAAGUACACGCCUACUUUCCGCCCUAAACUUGUUUCCAGCUCCUUCAAGCAAUAUGGAGUUAACGACCCUCCUGAGAAGAAGGACGAUUUUGUAUCUCACUGGAUAACUUCACUUGAAUCUACCAAGGCCCCUAGGACUAGCAAUUCUCCAUCUCAGGGGUCCCAUCAAGCAAUUGUGCGAGAGGACGAAGAUCGCUGUGAAUUCGACUUAUACAAUCGCCUCACUAAGGCACAAAAGCCAGUCCCUCUUCGACACGUGGAACCCCUAAAGCAUGACAGUGCAGUGAUUGAUGAGAGCGCAAACCCCACUAUUCCUAGUCAAACCCAUAAGCAAGACGUACUCGAGGUAGCAUUGCAAGCCGGACACGAUCGUGCUGUUUUACAACUGUUGGAAUAUGGAAUGGAUUUGAACAUAAGGAUUGGUGCCAAGCGAGUAAGUCCACUAGAAUGGACCGCGGAGGAAGGAAACCUCCCUCUGGUAAGGCUCUUCCUCGAAAAGGGGGCCGAUGCGAAUUUUCCGAAUUUUGCCGUCCGCGGAAUGCAUAAAGGAGGGCCUGCAUUAGUUAGGGCAGUGGAAAAAGGGAAUCGAGAAAUCGUCCAAGCCCUGGUGCGAGCUACUGAUCGGGUAGCCUCAACGAGAGCUUUGGGCCUCGCCGUAUAUCAGCAGGAUAUCCCAAUGGUCAAACUUCUACUGGAAAAUAACGUCCGUUGCGAAUUCGAAGAAGCAGAUCGGCCUCUUCCUUGGGACCCCCAAGAUAACGGCUGCUAUUUCUUCGACCGGACGGAAUCGGAGGAAUUUAUACCGCCACUCGUCCGUGCGGUAGAAAGGCAAUACGGACCUAGUUCGGCUGCUGCUCUCAUCCGGGGCAGAUGUCAAUGCCAGCUACCAUGGUCUGCUUUGGGAUCUAUAUGA